UAGUGCGAGCUGCUGAGAUCAUAUGUUCGGAGGUGUCCAUAUCGUGCAGCCACGAUGGCAUUGCUCUAGCUUAGUCAACUGUUGACGUGAACGAAGCGCCGAUAUAACAGGGCUCGCUUCACCAGCGUUCAGUUUCCAUACCGCCUGUAAGAGGCCAACAAAAAAGCACCAUGAAAGCGCUGCUAUUUGCUUUAGUCACAAUUUGUACGUAUGGAUUCUUUUCGGCAUCUGCUGCAGAUGAUCCAGAUCUUUGCGCUUUCGAUGAUGUCAAGCUUGGAAUAUUGUUGAGGUGCGUCAGGGAGAAGGCGUGGAUGAUGCUGCGCAAUGGACUUGACCACCUGCUACACGUUUACCAGUGCCAGAGUGACACCUGCGUUUUCAACAAGAUAUGCGACGAAGGAGACGUUACUACUGCCUUGAAUAAGUACAUGAAGCCGAAGCCCCGCAGAGAGUUCUGGGAAAUAAGCAAGAAGUGCGAGAAGGAUCUGCCUCCGGACGACGCGACCGUUUGAGCAUGCUGCCCUCACAUUUGCACACCGUCGCUUGCAACAAGUUGCUUAGAAUCGCUGUAAUAUCCUUGUUCUCGCGGUUUUCGUGAGAAACGUUCUUGCAAUACUGUCGUUUUACUUUGAGGCCUCUUUUCACACCUCCAGCACUCAGACUGAACCCUGCGUCGCCGCUCACAGAUAUGUCAAAUCUCAACGUAGUAUGCCAAAUUGUG